GGAGGAAUGAAAAGCCUCCAGCUAUGACAGACUUUGCUCCAUGCAUCACCGUCAUGCACAAGUUGGAACGACGGUCUCGUUUUUAACGUAACUCUGCUGAAAACGCUGACAAAAGAAAAAUACUCAUUCAGCUGCGGCCGCUGGCUAGAUAUAAAUGAAGACGACAAUGAGAUCGUGCGGGAGCUCCCUGCGGAGGGAUCUCUAGUGACUGAAGUCAUGCCAGUGAUAAAGUACCGGGUGACAGUUUGCACUGGGACGGUAAGUGGUAGCGGCACGGAUGCCAACGUCUUUGUGUGCCUCAUUGGCGACCAAGGAGACACGGGAGAUCGUGUUCUCUACAACUGCAUCAACACCGUCAAUAAGUUUGAAAAGGGCAAUGCUGAUGAAUUCUUCGUUGAAGCAGUAACGCUGAAGCAGGUGAGGAGGGUGAGGAUAGGGCAUGAUGGCAAAGGAGGAAGCAGUGGCUGGUACCUUGCCAAAGUGAUAGUGAGGGAAGAAGGACAGCCAGAAAGUGAGGCUGUGGAAUUCCCCUGCUACAGAUGGCUUGACAAAAAUGAGGAUGAUGGUCAGAUUGUCCGAGAACUAGUGCCUGCUGGGGAGUCACCAAUGCUAAAAAAUGUCAGUUAUCACAUCAGCGUGAAGACAGGAGAUGUCCCUGGUGCCAGCUCAGACUCCAGAGUUUUCAUCAAACUCUACGGUGAAAAAGCAGACUCCAGCAAAGAGACUCUCUUAGUCUCUGAUAAUGAUCUAGGCAAUUAUUUUGAACGUGGUCGAGUGGAUGAGUUUACUAUAGAUACGAUGGACAUUGGGAAGAUCAACAGAAUACUGAUUGGACACGAUAAUGUGGGUCUUCGGUGUGGCUGGUUCCUGGCCAGUGUCCAGAUCACGGUUCCAGUCCAGGGAAGGCAAUACAUGUUCCCCUGCAACCGAUGGCUCGACAAAGAUGAGGCUGAUGGCAGGGUGCAAGUGGAGGUCUACCCAAGUGAAAUUUUGCCUAUUGAAAAAUUGAUAAACUACGAGGUGUCCGUGGUUACUGGAGACGUGCGGGCUGCAGGCACCAAUGCCAAAGUCUUCAUGCAGAUUUACGGCGAGACUGGCAAAACUGAACUGAUCAUCUUAGAAAACAGAUCGAACAACUUUGAGCGGGGAGCAACAGAUGUCUUCAAGAGAGAGGCUGCAGAUGUUGGCAAGAUAUAUAAGAUUCGGAUAGGCCAUGAUGGGAAGGGCAUUGGGGAUGGCUGGUUCCUGGAGAGCAUCACACUGAAGCGGCUUGCCACAAAGACAAAGGACUCUGAUAAAAAGAAGAAGAAGAAGAAGAAGAAGUCUGAGGAGGAGGAAGAAGAGGAGAGCAAGGAGGAAGAAGAAAUGGACGUCUAUACGUUUGUGGCACACCGCUGGUUGGCUAAAGAUGAAGGAGAUAAGGAGCUUGUCGUGGAGCUGGUGCCUGAUGGAGAAUCUGCCCUGGAGGAGAAUACAUAUGAAGUCCAUGUUCUCACUGGGAUUGUGUGGGGGGCUGGGACGGAUGCUAAUGUCUUCUUGAGCAUCUAUGGCAUAGGAAGAGGAGACACGGGUGAGCGCCAGCUGAAAAGGUCGAAUAAUCUCAACAAGUUUGAAAAGGGACAGGUGGAUGUGUUCACUAUCAAAGCCAUUGACCUGGGUGAGCUGAAGAAGCUGCGUAUCCGUCACGAUAACUCAGGAUCCAGUCCAAGCUGGUUCCUGGAGAGGGUAGAGAUUGUUGACCUCAAGGAGAGCACCACGUAUUAUUUUCCAUGCCAGCGGUGGUUAGCAGUUGAGGAAGAUGACGGUCAGAUUGUCAGGGAGCUGGUCCCAGUGGAUGAAGCAUUUGUAAAGAAAGAUUCGGAAAAUGAAGGCCAGUCUCUUGCAACGCUGGGCCUGGAACAGAAAGCUAAAUCAACAACAUACACUGUGAAAGUGAAAACCGGGGACAAGAAGAAUGCUGGGACAGAUGCCAAUGUCUUCAUCACGCUCUAUGGAAGUAAAGAUGAUACAGGGAUAGUCAGCCUAAAGGCCUCAAAGAUUAACAAGAACAAAUUUGAGCGUGGGAAGGUAGAUGAGUUUACAGUGGAGUCUGUGGACAUUGGAGACCUGAAAAAAAUCAAGAUAGGCCAUGACAAUAAAGGUAAUUCAACUGGCUGGUUUCUGGAAUGGGUGGAGAUUGAUGCCCCAUCACUGGGACAGUGCCUGAAGUUCCCUUGUGGCCGUUGGCUGGAUAAAUCGGAGGAUGAUGGAGCCGUUGAGAGAAUUAUCUUCCCUGCAGAACUGCAGACAACAGAGUAUAUCCCAUUUGUUCCUUAUGAGAUCACGGUCUACACCAGCGAUAUCUUCGGAGCUGGCACGGAUGCAGAUGUCUUCAUUGUUCUCUAUGGAAGUGAUGGGAUCUGCAGUCAGCAGAAAUCCCUGUGCCUCAACAAGAGAGAGCAAAGAAUGUAUUUUGAAAGGAACUCGGUCAAUCAGUUCAUUGUGGAGCUGGAGGAUGUUGGUGAUGUUAUUGAAAAGAUACGCAUAGGACACAAGGGCGGAGGGCUGAACUCCGGAUGGCAUUUGGACCGUGUUGCGAUUCGGAGAUUGUUGCCAAAUGGAAAGGGCUCAGAAACUGUCACAUUUCCAUGUGAAAGAUGGCUUGCAAAGUCUGAGGAUGAUGGCGAGAUUGUCAGAGAACUGGUACCAUCUGAAAUUUUUACUGAAAAACUCAUGAAGGAUGGGACACUUAAGCAGAUAGAGGAAGAAGUUGAAGACCCAUUAGAAGUUCACACCUACAAGAUCAGCAUAUUCACUGGAGAUAUCUAUGGUGCUGGGACAGAUGCUAAUGUUUUCCUAAAUAUCUAUGGAGAUCUAGGAGACACAGGAGAGAGAAAACUCAGCAAAUCUGAAACAAACUUCAACAAGUUCGAAAGAGGACAGGAGGACACGUUUACUAUACAGGCUGUGGACCUUGGCAUUCUGUACAAGAUCAAGAUUCGUCAUGACAACAGCAUGUUCAGUCCUGACUGGUUCCUGGAUAAAGUAGAGAUCCUGGAUGAGACCACAGAGGAGUCGUUCGUGUUCCUGUGUGAGCGCUGGCUCUCUAAAAAGAAAGAGGACAAAAAGAUAGAGCGUACUCUUUAUGAACAGAGCUAUGACGGCGAGCGGAACAGCCUGGAUGGCUCAUCUCUCAGCCUGUCAAGUCAGGAUAGCAGUGGCAACCUGAAGGAAACGAAAAAAUCCAGCUUGGUCAAGGCGGCAGAAGAAGGAUCAUUGAUCCCAUACCACAUCACUGUGACGACGGGCACUGAGUACGACUCCAGCACCGACAGCCGAGUGUACAUCAUCAUCAUGGGUCCUCAGAAAGUGCAGACUGAGAGGCUGUGGCUGGAUCUCCCAGAAGGAAAAGACGAGUUUGCAGACGGCUCUGUAGAGAAAUUCUCUGUUUGGGGCCUAGAUGUUGGGGAGAUCAAAAAAGUGGAGGUGGGGCACGAUGGCGCUACCCCUGAGAGCUGCUGGCUGGUGGAAGAGCUUAACAUCGUCGUGCCCACCAAAGGCGUCAUGUAUAACUUUGUCUGUAAGUGCUGGCUGGCCAGGGACAAAGGCGAUGGGCUCACCUCAAGAAUCCUCAACAUUCUGGAUGCAGACUGCGUUAACACUGGCGUCAAGGUCCUCUACGAAGUCACAGUUGUGACUGGAGACGUUGAAGGCGGUGGUACUGAUGCCAGCAUUUUCAUGACUGUGUUUGGAUCCAAUGGGAACACCGAGGAGAUGCCACUGGAGAAAAAUGGAGACAGGUUUGAGCGAGGCCAAGAAGACAGCUUCAUUAUGGAGAUUGCCGACAUCGCACCCCUCAGAAAGAUGAGGAUCCGGACGGACGGGAAGGGGACUCGCCCGCACUGGUACCUGGAAAGGAUCAUCCUGAAGAACCUGACUAACCAAGAAGUGGCCACCUUCACCUAUGGUGAAUGGCUGUCAAAGCUGAAAAAUGCCAAGGGAAGUCUUGUGUGUGAGAUGCCUGCUGUCAUAAAUGAUGAGCAGAUGAUGGAGGACACAACAUACACUCUUCAGGUUAAAACCAGUGACAUUGGAGGAGCGGGUACCGAUGCCAAUGUGUCCUUGAUCCUGUUUGGGGAGAACGGGGACAGUGGGACCCUGGCUCUGAAGGAGUCCAACAAGUCUAACAAGUUUGAAAGGAACCAGAUGGAUGAAUUCAGCUUCUCGGACAUGCUGAGCCUGGGAGAUCUCUGCAAAGUACGGAUCUGGCACGACAACAAAGGAAUCGCACCAGGUUGGCACUUGGAAUAUAUUGAUGUGAUGGACUCUGCCACAGACAAGACAUUUCGCUUCCAGUGUGAUCGCUGGCUGGCUAAAGGUGAAGAUGAUGGGCAGCUGAUAAGGGAGCUGGCUUGUGCCAAUAAUGACAUCCUGGAACUGAAGGAACGCACUGCCUAUGAGAUUGUCACAGUAACAAGCGACAGAGAGGAUGCAGAAACAAAGGAGAACAUCUGGAUCAUCCUAGAAGGAAAGCUGGGCCGCUCGAAAGAAUUCCUUAUGGAAAACUCCUCCAAGAAGAGGAGAUUUGAAAGGGGUGCAACAGACACAUUUCAAUUCUCUUCAAAGAACGUCGGGGAUAUUGCAGCCAUUUGUGUCGGUCACUGCCCAAAAGAUGGGAAGAAGUCAUCUGCAAAAGCUGAUGUCUUCUGGCACGUCCAAGAGAUUAUCAUAACGGAGAUGGAGCUUUGCAACAAAUACUUUUUCAGGUGCAACGUGAAAAUCCCUCUGCGUUAUAAGAGACGGGACUACAAAGUCUUUGAGUGUGCCAAGGUCACCGAGAGCUUUGCCAGCAAAGCCCGGAGCUUGGUGCCGGUCAAAUACGAGACCAUCGUGGUCACAGGCUUUGAAAAGGGUGCGGGGACCAACGCCAAUGUGUUCAUCACCAUCUUUGGGUUCAACGGGGACUCGGGGAAGCGGGCGCUGAAGCAGAAGUUCAGGAACCUCUUUGAGCGAGGCAAAACCAACAGGUUUUACCUGGAAACACUGGACAUGGGGGAGCUCAAGAAAGUCCGGAUAGAGCACGACAACAGUGGUCUGGCGCCGGGCUGGCUGGUGGAGCGGGUGGAGAUCACCAACUCGGCGACUGGUGUGACCACUAUAUUUCCCUGUGGAAAGUGGCUGGAUGAAAACCGGGGCGAUGGGUUAAUCUGGAGGGAGCUUUUCCCUCGGUACUGAGGGUACUGAGGCUGCAGGAGGGCUUCAGUCUCUCUUUUUCUCAUUAGCCUGUUUUAUAUUGCGUUUUACUUUUUAAAACAUUGCCUUUUAUACUGAGAGAUUUGCUUCCUGGGUUAGUAUUCUGUAAAAGUGAGGCUGCUUUUUUUAAAGCACAUGUAAAUUUGUGAAUGAAAUAAGUACAUU